AAUUGAAAACUAGGUUAUCUGCACAUAAAUCUGACCAAAAAGCCAAUAAUAGACCAAUCGAGCAGAAAACUGCACUAGCAGCCCACUGUGCAUUGACUGGUCAUAAGCCAAACCUCAACGAUGUGGACAUCUUAGCUCAAGAGAACAAUUACAGACGAAGAUUCACUCUCGAGAUGUUGCAUAUCAUCGACUUACCGCCUGACGAGAGAAUGAAUUUCAAGAAAGAUAUAGAAAGCUGCGCGAAGGUAUACCGCCACACAGUCAACAAGCACAGCAGAAGAGAACAUUUAGUUGCCAACAGACAAUAGUUCGUGUAACAACUCAUUAAAUCCUUGAAAAUGGUAGACGGAGUCUACCGAAAUAUUGGAGAAAAAUAAAAGAAAAAAACCUUAAAUAUUUGUGUUUUAAUGGACCUAUAGCCGAUACAAUACAACAAAAUUACAAGAAUUUUAAACCAGGUCAACAAUACCCUAACAGAGUAUACAUCAACGGGAGGCACGCCGUAAUAUAAAAACAAAUAAGAUGACAAUAUACAAAAACAUCAAACAAAAGUACAAUGAGCACACAUACAGAACGGCCCAGCAAUAUUCGAAACACCAAAAACAAAUAGCCAAGCUCAAAACAUCUGUAACAUUUUUAAUAAAAUGUAAGAGAACAGGCAUCAUACCAAACUUCAUAAUCAAUGCAACCAAACACACUAGCAACAUCUUCCAAACACACAAAACCAAGAAAAUCCCGCCAAAUAUUGAGAAAACAUUACACAGGUACAUUCACAACUUUCACACGAAAGUAUUAAAACUUCUAAUACAAUACAAACACAAGCAAAUCCACUCUUUUAAAGAGAAAGUAGAGAAUACAAAGACUAAGCUAGGAGAACUACUGACUCAAGAUGAUUUCCUACAAUACCUCGACAGUGAGCUUACUCUCUACAAGGGCAAUGUUAGCAAGAGCAAGACAACACACAUAAAGAAACUACAGGCACUCACACAACGACAAGACAAGGCCCUCAACAUUAGACGCAACGACGUGUGGUUUGUGAAUAAAACAGAGCGAGAGAUACCAACGAACGUACAAUGGAUUCUCUCUUUAGGUCCGAAACACGCUCUCCCACACACCAACAAGAACUUUCCACUCUUGCAAGUCAUUGCAGAGGGAGAGGAGUGUGUACAAACUAUAGAGAAUAGAGAGGAACAGGAGAUGGGAAGAACCAAGCUUACAACAUUGAUAGACGAUCACUUACGAAAGUCAAAGAUGAGCAUGAGAGACAAAUAUGUGGUGGACACAGUGUCUCAAACAAGAAAAUAUUUAAAGGAGAAUGAGGAUUUAUUAAUUUUAACGGCAGACAAGGGAGGAAAGACAGUGGCUUUGUACAAGGAUGACUACGAGCAAAAAAUGAAGGCAAUAAUACACGAUAUGUGUAUGUAUAGGCGCUUAAAGAUUGACCCAACAUCUAGGCUACAGACAAGGAACAACAAAUUGGUGGAUAAACUUCACAACUUGAAUCUUAUCAGCAUCCAGGAGAAGAAUAAAUUGACCAGCAAGACCGCAUUGGCCCCUCGAAUAUAUGGACUCCCAAAGAUCCAUAAAGAAGGUACACCGUUGAGACCAAUAUGUUCAUCAAUAAACGCGCCGUCCUAUCAUCUAUGUAGGUACAUAGUGAAUAUUUUGAAAAAUAUCACCAAGGAUUCCAAAUAUAAUGUGAAAGACGCAGUGGACUUUAAAGCUAAGAUAAAGAACAUGACCAUAGAAAAUGACGAAGUUUUAGUCAACAAUACCCUAACAGAGUAUACAUCAACGGGAGGCACGCCGUAA